GAUAUCUCAUUAUUAUCCGACAUGGUCUGAUCCUCGAAGGUCGGAUAAAUCGAAUCGAUCUCGACCCCGCAAAUGCUUUGACUGCAGCCCGCAAAUCAGGGUCUGGGCGACGCGCGCCUCCGCAGGAAAUAUGCCCGAAGCAGGACAAGCCAUGCGAGAGUCAAGGUUGGCAUCCAAGCUGCCGGUAACUUGGCCAUCAUGAGUCCAAAGAAUAGUCGCUGGGAUAACCAAAUGCAUGUUGGAAUCCCACCAAUCCCCCGUAGCAAAUAUUGCCGGAUGGCUCAAAUUCACUGCAAGCUGAAGCGGCGCCCAACUCCCUUGACAUGGCUGUGGCUUCCCCGCUGAUAGAGGCAUAUAAUGAUGGGGAUACCCCGGAUUCUCCACAAUCUCCACGGCCUCCACAGUGUUUACGAAGCAUUAUCAGAUCUAGGGUCGUUAACAAGAUGAAACCGAAGGUCUACCAAUUUGUGGUGGCCCUUUUUGCUGCCUUCGGAUCCUUCCUUUACGGUUAUGACCUGGGUGUCAUCGCCUCCGUCGUUGCGUCAGACUCUUUUGUCAACAAGUUCUUGACUCAUAAUGGGAGCGUAAUCUCUGGAACAGUUGUGUCCUUGUUCACAGCUGGUGCGUUCUUUGGAGCCCUAGGAGCGGGCUAUACUGACCCACUCGGUCGUCGCGCAACCCUCGUGUUGGGGUCUGUGCUGUUCUGUAUCGGAGGCAUCCUCCAAACAGCAGCCGUCAACGUUGGCAUGUUGCUGUUCUCACGCAUCUUUGCUGGUUUCGGGAUAGGUAUUCUUGUCGAAACCGUCCCUAUGUUCCAGGCAGAGAUUGCACAUGCCAGCAUCCGAGGUAUUUUGGGGUCGCUUCAGCAGACCAUGCUGGGCAUCGGUGCAUUAUCCGCGUCCUGGAUCGGAUAUGGCUGUGAAAAAUCUUGGGCCAAUACUGGCGAUAGUGUUCAGUGGCGACUUCCUCUAGCACUUCAGCUGGUUCCGGCUAUUGGCCUAGCUUCAUGCAUCUACUUCUUCCCCGAGUCACCUCGCUGGCUUAUUGACCACGAUCGUCACGAAGAAGGAUUGCACAACCUGGCUCGCCUGCACGCCAACGGUAACAUUGACGACCCAUAUGUCCGGGCAGAGUAUGAGUUGAUCCAGCGUCAAAUCGAGGAGGAGCAUCAGCACGCCGCCAAGUCCUAUAAGGAGUUGUUUGCUAACCGUUCCAACACACGUCGCAUCAUUCUUGCGUGUGCCUGUCAAGCAUCCAGCCAGAUGACCGGCGUCUCCGCCAUCCAAUACUUCUCCCCAGCCAUCUUCGCGCAAAUCGGAAUCUCCACCUCAAAAACACUUCUCUACCAAGGCAUCAACUCGAUCAUCGGCGAGCUCGCGCAAUUCAUAUUCUUCUUCCUCAUCGACCGCGUUGGCCGUCGCCCAUUGCAGAUCGGAGGCAACAUCGCCUGUGGGGUUGCCUUUAUCAUCGGCGCCUCACUCCUGUCGCAGUACCCUCCCGAUUCCACCAACACGGCCGCGCACUGGGCCUUCAUUGUUGCCAGCACCUGGGUCUUCAAUUUCUGUUUCUGUGCCUCGGGGACCAUGUCCUGGAUCAUUCCCGCUGAGAUCUUCAACACCGCCACCCGCGCCAAGGGCAUCUCGCUGGCGACCAUGGUCUCGUUCGCAUUCAACACGAUGAUCGCGCAGGUCACGCCCAUCGCGCUGGAGCGUAUCGGCUGGCGGUAUUACUUGUUGUUCAUCGUGUGUGACUUCGGCAAUGCGCUGUUCUUCUAUAUGUUCUUGCCGGAAACAAAAGGGCUGUCGCUGGAGGUGAUGGACGAUUUGUUCACCAAUGCACCGUUGUUGGUUCCCGGCAGCCGGUGGGAGGUGUCACCGGAGGUAAAUAUUGAGAAGGCGUUGGCGCAGGAGGCUGCUGCGGUAGAGUUGGCGGAUCGCUUUUCGGUGAAGGGGGAUGAGAAAGAGGGGCCUGUGUCGACGAGGGUGGAGGCGGUUUGAGGGGAAG